AUUCGGUGUUUCGGUCGUUUGGUUCGUAUCCGUUUGUUUCUGCGAUAUUGUCCGACUAACGGACAUGUCACAUGGUAUUACCCAUAUUUGCUCCCCGUCUCUCAGACGAUAUCGCUUCGAAACUCAGAGUUUAUAUAAUAGUGCACUAUUGGUUAAUAUUGAUGCGCAGGGUAUGUACGCAUAUUUUGAGAGCUAACUCGUGUAAGAAGCUGAAAUCCGAUAGCUACUUUUUCAUUGAAGUGUUUUUGGGAGAAGAUUGCGCCAAAUCCUACGUCUAUUACAGACUCUGGACGCGAAGAACGAAAAAAGAACAGGUUAAAGUAAAAAUCCAUAUGCUUUUUCUGAACUAGGGUGAGGGAGAGGUGAGUUUCAAUCGAGAUGUCGCUUGACAUCUCGAGUGAAACUCAUCCAAUAUGACCAAGAAAGAACGAAGGGAAGGUACUACGGUUACUUCUCAUGUUUUUCGAUUCGAUUCCUUUUCGGGUCAGGUCGACGAUGGAAAAGUUCCGAAGGCGUUAAGGAAUUUAUGAAAAAACGGAGCGAUAUAUACUCGAAUUGGUAGCCGACGCCGCUUGGAAGCGAACGAGUUUCAACGGGACGGGGGCUGAAAGCAUCAUCGGCUGUGUGUGCAUUCUGCGUGCAUGAUUAUAAUGUGUUUGUAGCAUCCUGUAUCUCAACGGGGAGUGAAUGGAAGGGAAGGGCUGGAGAUACACCAUUACUUCCUUCCGGGAUAAAGGAGGAGCUUGGGAAAGGCAAAAGAGAGAGACGAUAAUGCAGGAAGUGGACUAUCUCUAACUGCAUGCCAUGGGAAACGGAUCAUUGCUUCUUCCGUUCAUCCUUGGAAUUGCCUAAAACGUGAAGACAUUUUGAUAUGUGGAACAUGAAAUCGAUUUCUAUUUUACUCGUCUGCAUCCUUUCAUCCAUCACGGGAAAAGAAGAAAAAGGAUGGGAAUGGCAUCCCGACUGCCCGGAAGCGUGCACGUGCCGCAUCGCCGGCCUUCCCGACUUCCCCGACUUCCACCGCUUCGACCAAGCGCCGGAGAUGCCAGACGGACUGAAGGCGGCCACCUGCAUCCUUCUCAAUGGAGUUCACUUUCCAGGACUCUUCGCUUCCCUUCCCAAUGAUACACAGACAUUGACCCUGCUGCAGAGCGAGGACACAGGGGGACUGAUCCUUAAUGCCACGCACCUUGGCACCCUUCCUCAACUGCUCAGCCUGGACAUUCAAGGAUAUGGAGAGAUGGGUGACAGACAUGUAAGUGGACACAGGAACACUACGAGUCGCCAACACAGGAAUCGGAGCAAAUCGACUCCAGAAUUCGCUAUCGAAUCUGAUGCCUGUAAACCUCUCAAAAAGCUUCAAUUCCUGAAUCUUCAGUUCGUGAAGCUCCUACCUGACCUCACCCAUCACUUCACUGAGCCUCCAUUCUCGACAGAAAAGGAUGAAGGCUUGCAAAAGAAGCGAAUUGGCGAAAAUUUGCUUCCAGUCAAAAGCAACAAGGUUAGCAGUCAAACAAAGAGGUCGGAGGAGCUCCAGAAGAUGGCGUACGAAAUACACGAAAAACUAAUCGUGCAGACGGAGCCACAGAUCUUGCCAUAUGAGGAAUACCUCAAGGCCAUGGAACGGGGGAAGCAUACUACCUUUGGCAACUUGACGUCUUUGCGCUACCUCCGCUUGUCACAUGUCUCACUCCUCCAACCAAACUGGGAGAUGUUUCAAGGGCUUGUUAAUCUCACAUAUUUGGCCCUGACUCACUGCUCUAUUGCGUAUCUUUCACCGUUCCUCUUCUUUGGGGCAGGAAACCUGACGUAUCUCUCUCUAGAAGACAACCAACUACUGGAUCUGCGUAUGGAGAGUUUAGCUGGGCUUCUGGAGUUGGAUACACUCGUUCUGACCGAUAAUAAGAUCGCCAUGUUCUCAGAUCUGUCCUUUCCCCCAAUGCCAAAAUUGAAAGAGCUCUACUUGGAAGGUAAUCCCAUCGACAUGAUCUUCCCAGGGACGUUCGAUGUCUUUACCUCCAUUCAGAAGUUGGAACUUGGUGGAAUGCCCAGUAAGCUCCACCUUCUUCCUUACAUGUUUAGUGGACUGAAGACCCUGGAACACCUGACAAUCCCCAAUGCCAUCUCAGAUUCCUUGAGACCAGACAUCAUGAACGGUUUGAAAAACCUCAAGUCUCUCAAGAUUAGAGGAUCAGUGAACAGCAUCGAGUUUGACACGUUUGCCCAACUCCCUCAGCUGAGAGACUUGGAUCUGAGCAAUUGCAACAUUUCUGACAUGUCCAUGGAUUCAUUUAUGGCAUUGAGCUCCCUCCGAACCCUUAAUCUAUCCCACAACGUCAUUGAAACUCUUCCUCCAAACUUGCUUGACCCCAUGACACUCCUUCGAGAUAUUGACCUCAGCCACAACCAACUAACUGGCACUCCCAAUGGAACUUUUGACAAAGUUCACCCUAAAAUGAUCAAACUGGAUGGUAAUCCAUGGUAUUGCACCUGUAAAAUGUCGUCUUGGAGACGUAGAAUAAUCACACGUAGCAAAUCGCCAAUCCAAGAGGACUGCCGAACAAUCCUUGGAGUGAAGAUCUGCACCCGCAAACCCAUCAAGUAUUUUCAUGAUCCAGAGGUCGAGCCAGAGUGUGCUAUGCCAAAGGAACUGAAGGGUAUGAAAGUGUCUAAGGCAUUGAAGAUGCUCAAGUGUGACAUGGAUGAUCAUGAUGAUGAUCUGGAAGAGAAUCUUUCUCACAAGGCUCGCAAACUCCAGCGGGAGAUCAAGCUGAAGAAGAUUCAUCCCAAGACUCAUGACUUCCUUCAUAGGGGGCAUGACCAACCAUGACAAACUGAGUACAAACUGUGCUUCCCUUCUUUCUUUUCCACUGUUCUGCAAUCUCAAAAACUCAUGAAUAGAUGCUUUUGAAUGAAAAAAGAAAAA